AUGGAUAGUAUUGCAUCUUCCAUUUUGGCUGCCGUCGCAGCGUCCACUCUGUUCAUGGGCUCUAUCGCGGCUCCUACCACCCAGCAGAAUGGAAACUAUCCUAGGCAACUUCGUCUAGCAUAUGCCGGACCAGACGGCAUGACCGUCAGCUGGAACACCUACUCGCAGUUGCCUCAUCCAACAGUUUGCUUCGGGCGCAGCCCCAAGCAUCUAAACCGAUCCGGACUGGAAGCUGAUACACUGUACUACUACCUGCCUCAGUAUAGCAAUGCGACUACUCCCUACACCUUCAAGACUAGCCGUCAGGCCGGUGAUCAGACCCCUUACACCGUCGCCGUCGCGAUUGAUAUGGGUCUCAUGGGUGCUAUGGGUCUGACCACAAGGGUGGGAAAGGGGGCUCAUAAUCCUCUUGGAAAUAACGACAACAAUACAAUCCAGUCCUUACUGGCCCAAGGAGUCAGCACUGACUUCCUUUGGCACCCCGGUGACAUUGCGUACGCUGACUACUGGCUUAAGGAGGAGAUCCAGGGGUUCCUUCCUAACACCACCAUAGCCGACGGUGCUAAGGUGUAUGAGAGCCUGCUGAACCAGUAUUACGACGAACUGUCAGUUAUUACUGCUCACAAGCCGUAUAUGGUUGGACCUGGUAAUCAUGAGUCUAACUGCGAUAAUGGUGGCACCACUGAUAGUGUCCACAACAUCACCUACAAUGUUGGCAUCUGUAUGCCUGGGCAGACUAACUUUACCGGAUUCCGAAACCACUUCCGCAUGCCCAGCAUUCAGUCUGGGGGUGUGGAGAAUUUCUGGUACUCAUUUGACAAUGGGAUGGUCCACUACAUCCAACUCGACACUGAAACAGAUCUUGGUCAUGGGAUAGUCAGUCCUGAUGAGCCUACUGGAGCUGAGGGUGAAGAUAGUGGUCCCUUCGGACUUUACGAUCAGCAACUUAACUGGCUUGAAAAGGAUCUGGCCUCAGUUGAUCGGGCUAAGACUCCAUGGGUUGUUGUUGCCGGCCACAGACCUUGGUAUGUCAGCGGCAAGAAGCAGAGUGGCACCAUUUGCGAGAACUGCCGCAAGGUGUGGGAGCCUCUGUUUUUGAAGUACAACGUUGACUUGGUCCUGUCUGGCCAUGCCCACUACUACGACCGGAAUGCCCCAAUUGCCAACUUCAACGUUGGCCCGAACGAGUUGAAUAAUCCCACUGCCCCCUGGUACAUUACCAAUGGAGCUGCAGGUCAUUAUGAUGGACUAGAUUCACUGGUCCGCCCUCUCCAGAGCUACUCCCGCUAUGCACAGGAUACAGCAUAUGGAUGGAGCAAAUUGACGUUCCAUAAUUGCUCGCAUCUGACACAUGAGUUUGUGGCAAGUCGGAAUGGCACAGUGUUGGAUACUGCUACAUUGUUCAAAGAUCGGAAGUGCAAGCACUAG